AUGGUUGCGGGAUCACUGUCAUUUGUCAAGGCUUUGCCUCUGCUGGCGACCUCUGUCUUUGCGUCGACUUAUCCUCCUAUUCCCAGUGAUCUAACGACGCCUUACCAGCAGCGCCUCGCUAUCUACGGUCCCAAUGCUGUGUCCGUGGGAUGGAAUACCUACGAACAAAUGAGCCAAAGCUGUGUCGACUUUGGUACUUCUCCCACCAGCCUGACCUCGCGGGCCUGCACGGAGGGCUCUAGCACGUACGCCACAUCUCGUACAUGGUCCAACUAUGCUAUCUUGACCGGGUUGAAACCGGCGACGACCUACUACUACAAAAUUGUAUCGACCAACUCGACUGUGGACCACUUCCUCAGCCCCCGUACACCCGGCGACAAGACGGCCUUCAGCAUGGACGUGGUGAUCGAUCUGGGCGUGUACGGCAGCAACGGAUACACGGCAAACAAGCGCGACACAGUUCCUGUCGUCGAGCCCAAUCUGAACCAUGCGACCAUUGGCGCUCUUGCACGGACCGUCAAUGAUUACGAGAUCGUAAUUCACCCCGGCGACUUUGGCUACGCCGACGACUGGUACUUGAAGAUCGGCAACCUCUUCGACGGCAAGCAAGCCUACCAGGCCAUCUUGGAGCAAUUCUACGAGCAGCUCGCGCCCAUUGCGGGUCGUAAGCUGUACAUGGCUAGCCCCGGUAACCACGAGGCUGACUGCUCCGAGAUUCCGUACCUGCUGGAUCUGUGUCCCGAGGGCCAGAAGAACUUCACCGACUUCAUGCACCGAUUCGAAAACACCAUGCCAUCGCCCUUUGCGUCCUUGUCUUCCAACACCACGGCCCAGACGCUGGCCGCCAAGGCCAAGAGUCUGGCGAACCCUCCCUUCUGGUACUCGUUCGAAUACGGCAUGGCGCACGUUGUCAUGAUCAACACCGAGACGGACUUUGACGGCGCCCCCGACGGUCCCUCCGGCUCGGCCAAGUUGAACAGCGGUCCCUUUGGCAAGCCCAACCAGCAAAUCGACUUCCUCAAGGCGGACCUGGCCAGCGUCGACCGCAGCGUCACUCCCUGGGUGAUCGUCGCCGGUCAUCGACCCUGGUACACCACUGGUUCCGGCAGCGCGUGUGACUCGUGCCAGGAAGCAUUUGAAGAUCUCUUCUACCAAUACGGGGUCGACCUCGGAGUCUUCGGACACGUGCACAACUCGCAGCGAUUUGCUCCCGUGUACAAGGGCACCGCCGAUCCCAACGGCAUGAAGGAUCCCAAAGCCCCCAUGUACAUCGUCGCCGGUGGUGCAGGUAACAUCGAGGGACUGUCUGCAAUCGGGACCCAGCCUUCUUACACCGAGUUUGCCUAUGCGGACGACUGGAGCUAUGCCACUGUGCGCUUCAACGAUGCGAAUCACCUGCAGGUGGACUUUUUCCAGUCCUCGACCGGGACCCUUUUGGACUCGAGCGUUCUGUACAAGAGCCACGCCAAUCGUUUCGUCAGCCAGUAA